AUGGAGAGAUACGCAGUUCUAUUUUUCGUUUUCAUCGCCUUGUUUGCACCGAGCUCUUCAAAUUCAAACGUGUUCGGAGGUCGCUGCUCGAAGGAGGAUGAAGAAGUGGACGCGUGUUUGCUAAAAAGCUUUAAUAAUCUUAUCGACCAUCUUAAAAGUGGAUCGCCUGAAUUGGGUGUUAAACAGUCGGACUCGAUAUUAUUAGACGAGCUAUCAAUCGCCCUCGGCGGCGGUCCCGACGGCUACAGAGCAACGUUUAAAGACAUCAACGCGAGCGGCGUUGACGACGUCAGCAUCACAAACGUUCGAUCGGACCUGGACACGUACCAGUUCCAGCUGACGCUGUCCAUCCCGCACAUCAGCGUGACGGCGCGCUACCGCUCGUCCGGCUUGCUGCUGCUGGUGCGCGCGUCGGGCGGCGGCGACUACUGGGGCGAGUACGAAAAUGUAAAAGCUAAAGUUUAUUUCCGCGGAGAACCGUACAAGCGCGGAGGCAAGACCUACCUCAAGUUGAAGCAGCUCAAGUUAGACUUCUCAGUAAAAGACAUCAAAAUGGGUGUCGAAAAUCUGCAGAACAGCAACAGCGUACUACAAGCAGCAUUAAAUCUAUUCAUCAACACAAACUCUCAGGAGUUACUUAAAGAAAUGAAGCCUCAGCUCAAAGGAGACCUCGCCGAGAAAAUGUCCAGAUUCAUUGAGAGGAUCCUCGAAAAAAUAUCUUACGACGAUCUGGUUGAGGAA